AGCGAGCCGGGUAGAUAAUGAGACGCACCCCUUGUGUCUUUCCGCGUAGCGCACGUAUUCCUGCAUACGCUCUUUCACACUCUGUAAAGUGUUGGUUUUGCCUUACUUUAAGGUUCAAACGCUAGUAUUGGUUAAAUAAAUACAUAUCAAUACUCAUAAAGUGUUCUUCAUUUCUCUGGUGGAUUUGUGGCGGGGGCAGCUGAGAGGACGAACAUGUCGGGAAAGAGUUUUCGCGUUAGCGACGGAGACUGGAUUUGUCCUGAUAAAAAGUGUGGAAAUGUCAACUUUGCCAGAAGAACGAGUUGUAACAGAUGUGGCAGGGAUAAGACAACUGAAGCAAAGAUGAUGAAAGCAGGGGGAACAGAAAUUGGAAAGACCCUGGCUGAGAAGAGCAGAGGUCUCUUCAGUGCCAAUGAUUGGCAGUGCAAAACGUGUGGCAAUGUAAACUGGGCCAGAAGAUCAGAGUGCAACAUGUGUAACACCCCUAAAUAUGCCAAACUGGAGGAAAGGACAGGAUACGGUGGAGGGUUCAAUGAGAGAGAGAAUUUAGUCUACAAUGAGCGAGAGGAGUCUGAUGGCGAGUAUGAUGAGUUUGGGCGCAUAAAAAAGAAGUAUCGUGGAAAAAGCAAGAAGGACGAUGACAAGGAAGAGGAACCCAAAAAAAAUGAUGGUGCUGGUGGUGGUGGUGAUGAUGAAGACGAGGAAGAGGAUGAUGAAGACGGAGAUCUUUCAAAAUACAAACUUGAUGAUGAUGAAGAUGAUGAAGAUGAUGCAGAUUUGUCCAAGUAUGAUUUGGAUGCUGGGGAAGAAAAGAAAGGGAGUCGCUCUGGCUCCUCGCGGUCAUCAUCUCGCUCGUCCAGUUCAAGUUCCCGGUCUAGGUCCAGAUCCCGGUCCAGGAGCAUCAGUUCCAGAUCUCGAUCUCGUUCUCGCUCCAGGUCCAAUUCCAGAUCCAGCUCCAGAUCAGGGAAGGGCUCUGCUUCCUCAAAGAAGAGGUCUCGCUCCCCUUCGUCAUCGCCUGAGGGAGGCCAGAAGAGGAGUCGCUCCAGGUCCUCCUCUGGUGGCCGCAAAAAAAGACGCACACGAUCGCACUCGUCUGAAAGGCGCAGAAGCUCAUCUGGAUCAUCCCACUCUGGCUCAAGCUCAAAACAGAAAUGAUUAACAAAAGAAACAAAUCUUUCUAAAAGUGCAUGUUUUUUUUUUGGUUUUUGUUUCUUUCAAACUCCAGUUUUUGGGCUAUUGCAACUACCCAACUGUUUGAAUUCACAUUGGUUUCUAUGAAAAAAAAUACUUGCGCACCUGUAACCUCUUAAAAGUUUUCUGCCUUUUUUUUUUUUUAAACAUCUAGCCAAAUCUCUAAACAGUAUAACUCGAGGUGUAAAGUCUGUAGUGUCAGUGGGUUUAUGAAGAAAUAACAUCAAGUCUGUCACUAUAAAUGGUGCAUAUCUUCUGGACAUCAACCAUUUUGUUGGGAAAUUAUGGCAAAUUAUAUUGCUAAAGUAGUUUUGUUCAUCCAUUGUCAGACAUUAUUGCCAUCAGAAUAUCCAGUACAUUAGCAAAACAUUUGUUGAUUUAAAAAGUGGCCAGAUGCUGGUUUUAUAGUUUUUAUAUGAAACUCCUCACAAGAAAUGUUGAUGGCUUAAACAUUACUUAACCACAUCAACAAAGCCAGCAUAUUAUAGAGAGCUUUUCCUCUGAGGCGUAACAUUGCCUUGUCUAAUUGUGUGCGUUAAAGGUAAGUAUGUUUUUUCUAUACUUGUAGAGAUUUUUUUUCUUUUUCUUUUUUUUUCUUUUUUUUUUGUGUGUGCGUAAUAAACUUAAUUUUAUGAUCUAUCAUUUGUGGAACUAAGAAACUGUAGAUGACUCCAGUGGACAAACUCAAAUUACUGAUAACAUGAAUUACUGGAUUGGUUUUCUUUUCUGUGGUCAAAUCAAUUUGGAACGUGAAAUAAUCACCCUCUUCCAACAUACAAAAUAUGAAAAUGUUUUACUGUUCAUUAAAAUUACAUAAGUGUAACCAACAUGAAUAAACACUUGUUAAUCUGAAA